UACCCCCAACAAGCAUUAAUUAAACAAGUAAAAGCCCAAAAGGAGGAAAUAGCCGAAUUAAAGAAAGAUCCCCACGCAGCAUUAAAUCCCAGCGAAAAGAGGCUGGAGGAAAUACUUCAUAAAAUAGUAGAAGUCGAAUAUCGGUCGAUUCUGUCACUUUUAAAAUCUAUCAUGAAGUUCAUGAAAUUCUUGAAAAAUAAAACCAUAGUCGAAUGA